AUGCCAGCCCCGUCGGCCACGUCCGGCGGACCACGCGCCGCCCUCGGCGUCGUUGUUUUCGCCGCGCUCCUUCUGCUCGAGCGCAAUCUCCACGUGCCACUGCCAUCGACGCCAGCAGCAGUACUGUCUCCGUUCACGAUGACCGUCACGUCGCCGGAUGCCCGCUGCCCCGUGCUGCAGGUGGACACGGUCACCGAGUGGCACGCUGGACACCGCGUGCACCUCUCGGCGUCCUCGCCGCUCCGUUCUGUGACGCUGGUCGUCGACAACUGGCGGCGCGUCUCGUCGUCGUGGAACGCCGACGCGACGAUGCGCUCUCCGACAACGGUCGACGUGGUUGUGCAGAACUCGACCAAGCGCGAGUUUGCCCUUGUGACCGAAAAGGCAAUGUGGGAAAGGCCAUCGGCGAUCCUCUCGGCGAACGUGACGACCGCCGACGGGACGCACUGCGUGUAUACCCUGCCGCGCCACGUCAGCGUCGGGAUCUACCGCCGCCUCGGCGAACCGAAUACCUCGUAUGCACCGUGUUCACGCAUGGCGAGCAAGCCGAUCGCACUCGGUUUUGGCCACACUUGUGCGAUCAACGGCGCUAAUAGAAUCACGUGCUGGGGCCUCAACAGCUAUGGCCAAGCGACGCCACCAACCAACUCGUUCAUCCAAGUCGCAGCGUACGACUACCACACGUGUGCGCUCUCCGAGUUUGGCUACCCUACGUGCUGGGGCGCCGCGUACACGCAGUACAUCAACUACUCGUACGUGUCCGCGGUGCUGCCGGCGACGACACCGAUGGCGACGAUCUCGGCUGGUGGUCUCCACGGGUGUGCGACGACCCUGAACGGCACGGUGCUUUGCUGGGGCGCCAACGACCUCGGGCAGGCGUCGCCGCCCGCCGGUCGCUUCCAACACGCGUCGGCCGGCUUCCGACACACGUGCGGCAUCACGUAUCCGGACGGGAAGCUCGUGUGCUGGGGCAGCAACGACUUUGGCGAAGCGACGACGCCGGCCGGGAACGACCAAUAUGUGCAAGUCAUGUGCGGCAACCAGUACACGUGCGCCUUGACGAGCGCCAACGUCGCCAAGUGCUGGGGCCUCGACAACCCCAACCUCAAGUUUACGCAGGUGCCCGACGGGCUGUUGUUUUCGUUUGUCGGCGUCUCCAAAACGGGCAGCUUUAGCUGUGGCCUCUUGCUCAACGGAUCGGCCACGUGCUGGGGCGACCCGAUUGCGUACAAAGGCCUCUACAACUUUGCAGAGUCGACGCCGGCGUACCCAACGUUCACGUCGCUCGCGCUCGGGCAGCGCAAUGUCUGCGGCACGACAGCGCAAGGUGCGAUCUUCUGCUACGGCGCGGGCGCGGCCAAUGUGCCGCCAUCGUUCGUCGCCAAGCAAAGCGGGUACUGCUACCGCCCGCUCACCUACGGCGCGGGCCCGUCCUGGCUGACGGACGGCUCGAACAACAAUUCGUGGCUCAACACGAGCUACGUCGGCAGCAAUGUCGAUAGCUCCAGCGGCAGUGGCGACAGCAACGAGACGCCUCGCCCCGCACCACUUGUCCUCAACAUCUCGUCGUAUGCGUACAAGAAGCUCGAUGCGUCGGGCAGUCAGUACGGGUGCGGGAUUGACGAGACGGGCCAAGGUCACUGCUGGGGCGCGACCGUACUCAGUGGCAGCGCGCGCAUGGUCGUCGGCGCAGUCGAGAUUGCCGUCUCGAUGGCGCAGCAAAUCUUCUGUGCGCUUACGCUAUCGCGCAAAGUGACAUGCUACGCGACGUUGAUUGACGGCGGCGGGCAGUUUACCGGCAACGCGUUCGUCUCACCACGCGACGACUUUGUCGUCGUCUCGACCAAAGGCAUUCACAUCUGCGGGCUCAAGGGCAACGGCCACAUCAAGUGCUGGGGCUUCAACCACGACGGGCAGCUCGUCGUGCCGGACCUCGAGUACCUCUACGUCUCGGCCGGCGGCUACCACACGUGUGCGAUCACGUCCAAGUACGAAGUGGCGUGCUGGGGCCGCGACAACUUUGGCCAAACCAGCGGCAUGCCGCUCAGCACAAAAUACCGAUACGUCUCGAGCGGCUACGAACAUACCUGCGCUAUUCGCAUCGACGACUCGGUUGACUGCUGGGGCGACAACAGCCGUGGCGAGACCAACGCGCCCGCCGGCAUCCUCUUUCUUCAGAUUGACGCCGGCUGGCAGCACACGUGCGGUGUCACAAAGGCGUGGACGCUGCGUUGCUGGGGCAACAACGACUUUGGCCAAGCGACGCCGCCGCCCGGGCUCUACUACCACGUCUCGGCGGGUCGCACGCACUCGUGUGCGACCAGUACAUCGGGCGUCAUGACGUGUUGGGGCGACAAGGCCGCCAAGCUGACGAUCCCCGCGCUCGUGCAGCCCUUUAGCAAUGUCGCGACCGCCGAGUAUGUGCGUCAACUCCAAGCCAACAACUCGCUCACGCGCAUGACGUGCUCGACGCUUGGGUGGGGCAUUGCGCUGAGCACGAAUCUCUGUGCGUCCACCUCGGUCUUUCGCGGCUGCCCGAACGUGUCGUCGUACUCGGCGGCGCUCGCCCGCUGCCAAGUGAUUGGCGGGCGGCUGCCGACGGCGGCCGAGGUCCAAGCCGGCGUUCUCGCUGUCGACGUGUGCCAGUCGGUCAACAACCCGGUGUGGACGACGACGGCGUGUAUCCUCGGCACGUCCGUGCAAGGGCGCAUCACAGUCAUCGCGUCGCCGCCGUCGAGCAACCCACUUAUUCCCGCGCCUCCGACGCUCACGUGCACGCCAACGUCGACGCCGUCCCUGCCCGUGUGCAUCUCGGAGCGAGAGUUUACCGCCUGCAGCCUCGGCAGCCGCUGCUCGCAGGAGUGCGUGGCGCUCGCCAAGUCGCAGUACGCGUGCACGUGCGACGACGGCUUUAGCCUCACGGGCGACGGCGCGACGUGCGCACCCGUGAACGCGCCGCGGUCUGCCAAGACGUGCAAGCAGCUCGGGUGGACGAGACAGUACAAACAGACCUGUGCUCCGUCGACAGCGUGCUUGGCAGCAACGACCUACAUGGACGCGGCGCAGGCGUGUGCGGCGAUCGGUGCCCGGCUCCCGAGACGCGCCGAGGUCGUCGGCAUCGCAGCGUUCCCGACGCAGUGCGGCACGUCGGCGUUCUGGACGUCGACCAAGUGCGCGGCCGGCAUCGCGCCAGGCGUGAUCACCACCAACACCGCGACCGAGACCUGCACGAAUGCGACCGCGACCGCCCGCGUUGUCUGCGUCGCCGACCCCGAUAUCAACGAGUGCGCGCUGGGCCUUGCGUCGUGCACGUCCCAGUGCUGGAACGUCGAGGGGUCGUAUACGUGUACGUGUCCGAGCAACCAGACGCUUCUCAACACGGGAACGGGUGCCAACGUCUGCGUGGAAGCGCCGACGCCGAUGCCCGUAUCGACAAGCAAUUGCGGCGCGCUCGGGUGGACACCGCUGACGGGCAAUACCAUUUGCACGAGCAGCCAAAGCAAGCCAAAGGUCAACCAGCGCCGCCUCAAGGCCGAGGACACGUGUCCGGAGGCCAUGGCGUACGACGACGCCGCGAGCUUUUGCGCGACGCAGGGCGGUCGUCUGCCGACGCUCGACGAGAUUGCGAUGAACCUCCACCUGCUCACGCGCGAUAGCGUCUGCGGCAUCAACCAGCCGAGCCAGCUCAUCUGGAGCACGUCGCCGUGCACGCGCGACCAGACGCCAACGAUCGGUGUCGCCGCCACCAACGCCCAGCUGCUCUCGACGGCCGCCAUGGACACGAUUUGCCUGCCGAUGGCCAAUGCCACCGCGUACCCCGUGUGCGUCGCCGACAUGAUUGUCGUGGGCUCGUGCGCGUCCAGUCCCCAUCUCUGCUCGUGGGGCUGUGCCGACGUCAACGCUGGCUACCGCUGCCUCUGCGACCUCGGGCACGUGCUCGGUAAUGACAGCGCCACGUGCAUCAACGGGUCGCAACCGACCUCGACGCUGACCGCCGACGGGUUCCCCAACCCGUGGGCGCCGGCGGGCACCACGGCUCUCGCCGCGCGGUCGUAUGGCUUGACGAGCACGAGUUCGAGCAACACCAAUGACUGCGCUGGCGUCGUCUCGUAUGCGACCGCCACGGCGCUUUGUCAGCGGGCCGGUGCACGCCUCCCGACCUCCAAUGAGCUCGCAGCCGACGUUGCGCUCGGCUCGGGAUGUCAGCUGGACUACGCGAUGGUUUGGAGCGCGACACCGUGCUUUCUAUCGAAUGGCACCUCUGGUGUGGUUGCGACGGCUGGUUCCAAGCUCGGGCUUCAAACCAACCCGGCGUCGUGCGUUGACCCCGCAACGAUGCUGGCCAACGUCCGCUGCGUCAAGGACCCGAGUCGCAACCAGUGUGCAAUGUCGCCGUGCAGCCAGCUCUGCUUCAACCAAAACUACGGCUACGCGUGUGCUUGCAACCCCGGGUUCUCACUCGCACCGGACGGCGUCAGUUGUAAUCCGACGUCGGUGCCUUUAUCAUCGAAGAGCUGCCGCGACUUGGGCUGGACACAGUUUGGCGUUGCCAGUGGCACGUGCACGCGGGCGAUCUCCAGCUGCUCGACGCCAACGCUGCAAACGGUCGACGAUGCCGGCGCGACGUGCAGUGGCCAAGGCGCCCGCCUUCCGACGCUGCCAGAAGUUCAAAUGGGCCUUUUGUUCGCAUCAAGCUGUGCCUCGCAGCGCAUCUGGACAUCGACAGCCUGCGCCCUCUUCCCGCCGGCCUCCCAAAGCCCCGUCAUCGCACCCACGAUGCUGCUCGGGUUUCUUACGCUCACGUCAGCGACACCGGGCGUCGUCGUUUGCGCGGCCGCCACCGACAAGCUGCCUACGCAGUGCAUUGCGGACGCGCGCGACAACUUGUGUGCCGCAACCAACGGCACAAGUCUCUGUCCGAGUGACCAGCAGUGCGUCAUUGGCGACAAGAAUGGCAGCGCGUCCUGCGCCUGUGCCACCGGCACCAACAUGGACAGCACCGGCGCGUGCGUCCCGUUCACUCCGCUCUCGACGUCGACGUGCAAAAACCUCUGCUGGCAGACCCCAUCCGCUUCGCCCAUCUGCUCGGCGCGCCGCAUCGGUGCGCCCAUGUUUUCAAUUCCAGAUACCAGCCUCUCGGCCUGCGCGCUCACGUGGCUGCGGCAGUGCGCACCGCCCGUCACGGCGGCCUUGGCGCCCAGUGCAUGCGCGCAGCUCGGGUCUCGUCUCCCGACACUCACCGAAGUCCGCGCCGGGCUUCCGCCGCCCGUGAGCUCCUGCAGCGGCUUCUCGUACGAGCGCGUCUGGACGUCCACCGCGUGCAUGGACCGCGCGACGAUGACGCCGGGUGUGGUUGCGAGCGGCGUCGGCGCGUGGCCCACGUCGUCGCAUCGCGAGGUCUGCGUCACGAGCAACGACACGGUGGGCCCGAUCCAGUGCGUGGCGGAUGUCUAUGCGAACGCGUGCACGAGCGGCAUGCACGCGUGCCACCAGCUCUGUCUUCCGAGCGGCGCGUCGUAUGCGUGCGCGUGCCACGACCAGCACCAGCUCGGGCCGGACGGCGCGUCGUGCUCACCGAUGCUGCCGCCAUUGAGUCUCGUCACGUGCGCUGCGCUGGGCUGGACCAACGUGCAGCAGAAAAGCUUGUGUGCGAACGCACGCGUCAACGUCACGUACCUCAACGAGCAAGGACAGGCGGUGCGCCCGACGCAGCCGUUUACGAGGACGCAAAUGGUGUGUCCCACGACGCUCGUGAGCUACAACGAAGCCUUCUCGUACUGUGCGAGGCUGCAAGCACGCUUGCCGACCCUCGAUGAAGUGCUGUCAGACAAGACGAUCGGCGCCGGCUGCGGCUCGGACACGACGCGGGUGUGGACCAGCACGCCGUGCAGUGUUCUCGGUGGCGACCGCAGUACGCCGACGUACAUAUCCCUCGCGGGCGCGUCGCGCUACUUGCUCCUCUACCCGCGGCAGUGCACGCAAACGACGCAGCUCGCGGCGGUCAAGUGCGUCGCCAAUGUCAACGUCAAGUGAGUUUGUGGAAUGCCACUUUUGAAAAUGGA